AUGUCCACACAACUGUCGAACCUCAGGCUUAUAGAAUCAUAUUUGGAUGAUUUGAGGUCCUUGAUAGAGGAAUCCGAUAGAAUACAAUCGCUAGGUGUGUCAUCUGAAGAUAAUGAUUAUGAUCUAAGGAAGUUGUUAUCAAAGAUUACAAAGUUUUUGGAAAGAAAUGAUGAUGGUGAUGAUUAUGACGAAUUAGUUGAACAAUAUCAAGAGUUGUUGAAUGAGGUGAAGACAAUUGACACAAAGGAUUAUGAAUAUGUUAGAAAUAUUCAUAUCAAACCUCUAAAUAAUAAGAAAUCAGUAAGGUUCAAUGAUAAAGUGGAGGAGGCAUCACCUAAAAAGUUCAAACCAUAUAAAGACCAAGUACUUGAUCCACCAGCACAAUCUGAUACUGAUCAACUAUUUGAUGGUAGAGAAUUAGACGAUGAUCAGGAGGAUGACACUGAUUCUGUGAAUAGCUCAUCCAAUCAAGAAAUGUUUAUUCAACAUCAACAAGAGUUGGUGCAACAAGAUGAACAUUUGGAUACUUUGGCACAAAGUGUUAGAAGACAAAGAGCAUUAGGGUUGGAUAUAAAUCAAGAAUUAGAUGAUCAAAAUAUUUUACUAGAUGAUUUAGAGGCUCAGUUAGACCAUAAUGAUCGGAAUUUAUCAAGUGGUCAGAAAAGAUUGAAAUAUUUCAGUGAAAAGGCAAAGGAAAAUGGUCAAUGGAUAACCAUUAUUAUAUUAGUUAUUAUUUUAGUGCUACUUUUGAUAAUAUUGAAAUGA